UUUUUGAGUUAUGUAUCUUUCCAUAGUAUAAACAGAUAUAAUUCAGUCUUGUGAUAUGAACAGAUGUCGAUAGAAAUUUUGUUGCUAGGAGACAAUAUGUGUUUGAUCUAAAUCUACUUCAUAUUUGUACUUUCAUAAUCUUUUGUCACAUUGGAGUAUAUGUUUAACGUAUAAGUAAAUAUUUAAUGUGUAAUUUGAAUACUGAAAAAACGAAGUGAUAAUUGAAAUGGUAAACGAGAAAGAAUUUUGGACGGAGAUUCGGAAGGAUAUACCGAGAUAUAAAAAGAGGAAGCCACGGGUCGUCCCUGCAUUCACUAUACAAGCUCUGCAGGAAAAUACAGUCGUUGCAAAACCACCACGAUGCGGAUUGUACAAACCUCGUCCACCGAAACCGUCGACUUUCCGCAAGUUCUAUAAACGUGGUGUAUUUCCUAUCUCCUUGGAAAACGACGGCUAUGACCAAAAGAUUAAUUGGAAAGUAGAUAUAGAAGAUUUGGAUUUUCAUCAUUAUCUACCAAUGUUUUUCGAUGGAUUAACCGAAACGGAACAACCGUAUAAAUUUCUAGUGGAGCAGGGUAUAUCAGAUAUGCUGGAACAUGGUGGCCCAAAAAUAUUACCCGUUGUUCCUCAACUGAUCAUACCUAUCAAGAAUGCUUUGAAUACAAGAAUGCCAGAGAUAAUUUGCACCACUAUGAAAGCACUUCAACGUUUAGUACGUUCGGCAGAUUGUGUUGGUGAAGCUUUAGUUCCAUAUUUUAGACAAAUUUUACCUAUUCCUAAUUUACUCAAAGACAGAAAUGUAAAUCUUGGAGAGGGUAUUGAUUAUUCUCAACAAAGAGGAGAGAAUGCGGCGGAUAUUAUACAAGAAACGCUUGAAGUACUAGAAAGAUAUGGUGGUGAAGAUGCUUUCAUAAAUAUCAAGUACAUGGUCCCUACCUAUGAAUCUUGUAUAAUGAAUAAAUAGACAUGGA